AUGACUACACAAUAACUAAUUAAACCUCUACGAUGUCGACCUCAAAGCAUCUGUUAGGCAGCUAUUCCGUACCAAAUGUAAACUUGGUGUACGUUUGCCUCGUCGGCAACAUCACCCCAGGAAACCCGGGAAAGUCCACUGUUGGCUGUGAGUCGGGACUCAGUCAACCGUCGCUUCACAUUAUUGACAAUGUUAAUGAAGAGGUUGGCACCAGUAAAGACAAUGACACUGCAAUAGAAGUCCAAAGAUCCGUAGCAUUCCACGAACUUAUCGAGAGUACUGGGAAACUUGGGAACCUCGAAUAUUUUCCCGAGAAAAUCGAGGAAAUAGCAUCGGAAACAAUACCUCUGCCACCCCAUAAUGAAGAGGAUGGAGAGGACGAGAACAAAUGUGGUAAUCCAAAAAUUCUGAGCCUAACCAAAACCAAGUGGCUCAGUGAGAGUCGAGAUGGAUCUCCUGACGCAAGAGAGUCAUUGAUGCAGUCCACGUCAGAAAGCUCGGUCGGAGAAGAUCUGCCUGAACAUCACUCUACCCAUAAAGCCCUAUCCACGGUCCUAGCCUUGGACAAGGAACACAAUCUGUUCGGCCUGUCUAACACCUACAUACAGCUAGCGAACCCGAAGACUUGGAAGAAACUGCCCAAGGAUAGCGACAGUAAAGCCGUCUUCCAUCAGACUGCCAUCGUUCAAGCUUGUUUCAAGACGUGCUGUAGACGUAAAAGCAAAACAGACUUACCAUUAUCAUUGAAGUGCGGAGGCUGCAAGUCAAAAUGUUCGUGCGCCAGAUGUCGCUCAUGCACCAGUUGCACGUCGCUAUGCCGAUCCUCGUGCUCUACGUGUGCCAUCCCCUGCACCACUCCUUGCACAGUGCCGUGCGGGUCACCUUGUGUGGUGCCGUAUCCGUUGUUUUGGAACAAGCCGUGUUCCCCUAAGCCUUGUCCAUCGAAGCCCUGCCCAACUUGCUCCGGCUGCUGCACACCUGCUUGCAGUAAAGAAUGCCCACGAUUUGGACUUCAGGUGUCAGUCAUCAAGAAGCCAAAAUAUGAUACGGUAUACACAGAAAUCGUGCCAAAAUCGAGUUGUGUUCUAGCAAAACCAUUCCUCGCCCGCUCUUGUAACCACCACCCCUGCUGCAUACCGCCCUCCUCCUGCUUCCCGUACCUUAUGCCGUGUUUCUGGCCCUCGCGCUCGGCGGCCCCGUGUAGUGAGCCGUCGCAAUGCUUCCACAAUCCGCCGUGCCCGAGGGGCCGGACGCCGAGGAGCAAAGCGCAUCCGCUAGAACUGUGUCCUCAUGGCCAGCCCUGCGUCGGAAAGGACAAAGGCGGAAAAUGUGAAAACUAUUCUUGCAUUGGGCGCAACAAUGAAGCAUUGGCAAAAGCGUUGGCUAAUUUAUGUAAGUGCUUUUUUACAUGGUUUUGUAGAACUAGUCCUAAUGACUAA